AUGAUUUUUGAGAAGUUCUUUAAUGUCACUGUCCUGAACUCUAUUAGACAUAACUUGUCCCUGCACAGCAAGUUCAUUAAAGUUCAUAAUGAAGCCACAGGAAAGAGUUCUUGGUGGAUGCUCAAUCCUGAAGGGGGUAAAAGUGGAAAAGCACCAAGAAGAAGAGCUGCCUCCAUGGACAACAGCAGCAAACUCGCAAAAGUCAGAGGUAAAGCAUCCAAAAAGAAGGCUUCUCUACAGUCCACUUCAGAAGCCACUGCUGACAGUCCUGGCUCCCAGUUCCCUAAGUGGCCUGGGAGCCCAUCCUCAAGAAGUAAUGAGGACUCUGAUGUGUGGAACACUUUCCGGCCUCGAACCAGUUCCAAUGCAAGCACCAUUAGUGCCAGGCUUUCUCCUAUCCUGACUGAGCAGGAUGACCUCCAUGAUGAAGAGCUUCUCCCUUCUCUAGUGUACUCCAGUGCAUCCAGCAAUGUUCCACCAACUGUGACUGAGGAGCUUGAGCUCAUUGAUGGGUUAAGUCUAAUGUCUCCCAGCUCAACUGUGCUAUCCACCCAGCAAUCUGCCUCGAGUGGUCCAAUCCAGAGAGAUUCCAGCUUUUCCUUGCGGAGCCCAAACACAGCUGGUCAGACCACUACUUUUGGCAAUUCCCUGUUUAAUCCUGUUGAUAUCUCGCUGCAGAGUUCUGUCAGCCAUUUCUCUGGCCCUCAGACCUUGGAAGCUCUUCUGACACCCAGCUCUCCGCCUCCAAGGGAUGUUAUGAUGACUCAGGUGGACCCCGUUCUCCCGCAGACUGGUAGCAGGAUGAGCAGCCGAACUCUUCUGCUUCUAGGUGGACAAGCUGCCCAGAGUAAGAUGAGUCCUGGUAAUCCACGAGGAAAGCCUACAGAGCAGCAGGCAGAGCCAGUUGGUGCCAGUGUUUUGCCGUCAACACUUCCCAUAGUAGCAUCUCCUCAAAACACUGCCAGCGUGGCCAGUUUGAAGGCUCCAGUUUCUGCAACAGCUGCUCAGUCAGUCCAACUGGGCACUCCACCACUUCUUUCUUCUGCUAGCCCUGCUCCCUUGGGAUUGAACCAGGACAGGCUGCCCACUGACCUGGACAUUGACAUGUACAUGGAGAACCUUGAAUGUGAUAUGGAUUACAUAAUCAACAGUGACCUCAUGGAUGGAGAAGGACUGGACUUUAAUUUUGAACCCAUUCUAUCUACUCCCAGCUAUCCCAGCACCUCACAGGCCUCCAACCAUACCUGGGUACCAAGUUAACUUCAGGAGCACAAAAAGUGUCCUUCAGGUUUUGAACAUCGGGUUCUGACUUCGCUUCCCACCCCAGCAGAGAAAAGAAUGGAGCAUGUUGGAUACAGUUUCCCUGCACACCACACCUUGGGCAGAAGGGGCUGCCUACCUGGGAAGAAGGGGGCAACCUGCACCUGGCUGCAACAGGAAAGACUUUGAAAUAAUAAUCCUGUUUUGUGCCACGUCUCUCUCUACAAACCUGACCCUGCCUUGGACGUUCUGGGGAGGCCCUGGGCUGUACAAGUCCAAAGAGGAGGCCUGGUAAAAACCUCGGCCGGAGGUUUCUGUGCCAGGCAAUAGCAUUUUCCCAUGUGAAGAGUUGAGUUUGCUGGAGGAAUAUCUCAAUGGCUAUCCUAUCUCUGCUAUGGCAGAAAGUCUCCCAGUGCCUCGGACUGGCAGGGGGCCUGCUCUGUUCUCACUUGGCUUGCCCUCUGGGAUGAAGUAGUUGGACGUUUUCAUAAAGCCACCAGAUGUGCACUUGGUAUCCCACAGACUUGCAGAGGAGUUGGAAGAAGCUUAUUGGUGGAAACAUUGUGGAAAGCGGGUGUGCUAUUUCAGGGGGUUGGUUUCGGUGGUUUUGGUGUGCCCUUCUCUGUAGCACCCUUUGUCAUUCUGCGGAGGAGGGUAGUGGUCAUGGUAUAGAAGGCUUCCUUUUGUUCAUUCGAGCAGAACAGGAGGAUGUUUGGUUUUUCACUGUGCCAACUGAGCCCCAUUGAAUCAGAAGCAUGUUCAGAGAAGUCCCUGUGCUGUUGUCAGCACUUUCUAGAUACACCAGGCUGCUGUAAAAGAGGCACAGGUGCUAAUAGCUGUUUCUGGGACAUCAAAACAUCAUAGGUUUGUUUCUGAGCUGUCUUGCUGCAGCGGAGAAGUGGAAAGCCUGGGUGUGGCCUUAACAGAGCCCUGGUUGCUUUUCAGAAGGGCAUUUUCUAUAGAUGACAUAUUUUUUUACUAAUCUGGGAACUUUCUACAGUGAAUAUGAAGCCAAUGUUAAGUGUGUCCCCAUUAGGCAUAUUAGGCCUCUCUCCCUCUGAGAAAGGUACAAGUGACAGACGACUUUUUCAGAGCUGUAUUAGGAACAAAUACAUUUGAUGUUUGGUAAUGUGUAAGAUUGAGGGGAAAUAAUUGGCAGGUCCCUGCAGUUUAAAACCACCUUGGGGAAGGGUUGUACAUUAUUGUAAUCUAUAUGUAAAAGUAGCUGCAAAUUACAUAGAAGCUUUUCUAAACCUUUUUAAAUAUAUAUUAUAUAUUUUUAUUGAAAAUGAGAUUAUUGGAUUAAAAACACAUUUGCUGCAUCUGUCCCCUUGAUACCAGAUAACACUACAGUAUGGGAGGGGACAGACCUAGGGCAUUUUGGGCCAAGGAGCUGAAGGUGUCAUUGGAAAAGUGGGAAGGGCACCGCAGUGUAACUGGGGAAUAGCUGCCCUCCCCAAAAUAGGUGGAAAGUGCCUGUGUGGCAUGGCAUUCUGCCAUAGCUCCUCAGUCCCUUUCCUCGCUGGGCACUCCCACUGAGCCAAGAGCACGAGGUUAGGGAAUGCUAAUCAUUAACAGCGCUCUCAUUCUCAGCUAAUCCUUUAAGUAGCUGGACUACAGCUGAUACAGCAGACAUAGAUUCCCUCGUCUGCUGAGAAGGUGGCGGGACUGGAUCGUGCCUAGAUCUGCUGGCCCUCUGGGUAGCCCUUAGGGAGGGUGCUGUCAGUUGUAUUUGGUAGUUGGCUUUUUGGUUUCUGCAGCUUUUUGCUUUCUUGCUGAAGUUUCUGUUACUGCUCGUGAACUUGAGGCUUGUAGGUGCACCCUUUAGGAUGUGCCUGGCAUUCUGCUCCAUCUCUUUGUUCUUGCGUAAUAGAAGCUAGGAGUCAAGAGCUGGUUGGGAGCAUUAGCUGGCACGUUCCUGUCAUUUUUUUUUUUUUGGUGUUUGCAAUGGUCGGAUCUCUGUGGUGCUCUUACGGUGUUCCAGUAAACUUGGUCUGGCAGAAAGUCUCUGGACUGUGGCUUUCCUUCAGCAGGUUCGUAUCAUGCAGUGCAGUGAGUGGUACUACCUUGUCCGCUCCGAGUGUUUUCAUGGGUUUCUCUUCACUUUCAUUUUGGUGGAAAUUGGGACGGAAGUGGUUCAUCUGGUUGCCUGAAGCCAGAACUCCCAACAGUCUUAUCUUUAGCAUGUUCUGCCAUUAGAACAGAUUAUUAGUUUGAUUACUUUGGCUUGAAGGCUUCUCCAUUGUAGGCCUCACGGUCUCAAAAUUCACCCACAAUCUGCAUGUCUGGCCACACCUCAUCGUAAUGAAAAAGAAAGGCAGGUCCUAUGCUGGGAUCCCAGGUCUUGUGGAUGUGAGCCAUAAAUGCACAUUCUCACUGCAGUUAGCUUGUUAGAAAAAUUGAUAGAUACGCUUUCCACAAGCACCCAAACCCAGUCCCACCUAUGGCAUAUAUUGCACAUAAGAAUCAGCUGUUCUGGGCUGUGCCUAAUAGAUCUGGCAGGAUUUGUGGUUGUGGCAUAUAACGUGCCACUUGUCAGCUUGCACCCUAAGGAGAAAUGAGUCCCAUGAUCACCAGAGCAAGUUGACUGGCUGCUUGUGCUUCUUAGGCACAGCACUGAGAAUCACAAGUGCAAGCCCAAUUGCCGGUGGUGUUUCACAGCCAGGCAUACCAAAGGACAGGAUACCAAUAUGUGUGAUCAUGCUACACGUGAUGCUCUGUGCCUCUUUUAUCACGAAAACAGAGCCCAAAGCAAUGGAAAGGACAAUAUUGGUUACCAGUGCUUCAGACCUGCAUAUCCGUGGUGAGCCAUUUCUGACUGGUCUGUGCGAAAGAGGUGUCUGCUUCAGGGCCUCCUGAGCUGUGUCCCCAGAUGUGAAAGCCCCAGGGGCCUGGCCCUGAGUGCUCGUGGGGAGUCCCCUGGGGAGAUUAGUGACUCCUCCCCCGUGCAUAUUUUUCACCUCUUCCAGCUCGAGGAGCUGCAGCCCAGGUACAGCAAGGUUCGUCACAGCGGGUGCCCUACAGUGUGGCUUGAUAAGAGACCCUGUCCUUUUAUUAAGAAAUAGUGUGUACCUGUGCUGCUCCCUACUCCCAGUGCCAGACUUCUGGGGAAUCGGCUGUCCUGGGGACAUCAGAGGUGACAAGAGCACCUCUGGCAGGAGUUGUGCUCUACAAGUGUGUAGACCAAGCAUAUGUCUCUUGCUGCAAUCUGUGCAGGUGCUUUCUGUCGUCUUGCCUCAACAGGAUCCGGCAGUGGCUGAAGAAGCCUGCGUGCACUAAUGCUGAGGGUGGUGGUUGGGAGACGAAUGGUGCUCUCAGAAUGCACAAUAAACAAUGAAUGUAAUGUUGCAGAUACAGGCAACUCAGCUCCUCGUUUGUAUGUGUAACAAGAUGGCUUGAAUCAUGGUCACAGAGGGCAGGGAAGCAAAGAACUCUGAAGUUCUCCAGCCCCUUCUCAAAAACUCAUAAACCUUGAGCUUUUCUAGCCUGGAGUACUUCCUCAGAGGACACGAGAGACUUUAAAGUUCCUAAACUGCUGCUUGCUGAAAGGAUGUACCUAGGAGGGGUUAUUCAAUGCUUGUCCAGUUCCUUAUUUUC